GUUCGAUGGGCCCAUGAUAGGAAUUAAGUGGCCGGUCUGGUGGCUUCGGAUAGGGCAGAGCUGACCUAAUUUUCGAAGGCCUGGUGGUGUGCGGCGGCGGUGGCGGCGGCGGCGACGGUGAGGGCGACAAGGAUGGAGUUCCUGAUGCAGCCUCUGCACGGAUCGACUUUCCUUGAAGAGGUUGGGGAGAGUUUGGUGCCGGCACCGGUGGCGGCGGACGGGGUCGAUGCGGAGAUGGUGGUGGAGCAUCCACUGGCGGCACAGGGGACAGGUGGACAGCAGGCGCCGGCUGAGGAGCAGCCCGCAGGUACAGGGGAGGCGCAGAUCUUGAUGGAGACUGAGGCAGCGCAGGAGAGGAGGGACGUGUCACCACCAAGCUUGGAGCUAUCUACAGGGAAGAUGAACCCACAAGCUCCUGGUUGGAAUAAGAGGUUAAGGAUUGGUGCUGCUGCACCAAGUCGACUGCCUUGCCAAAACCGUGUAAGUGCAUUUGAGAAGGCUGUUCGAAACUAUGCGGAGAAUCCAAGAGAUAAUGUGGUCACACCGACUAUCGGCACGACAUUUGACUCAGUUGGAGAGGCGUAUAACUUCUACAAUUUGUAUUCAUGGGAAAAGGGAUUUGGGAUCAGAUAUGGCAAGAGUCGGGUUAAUGUGGAGAGGAUUAAAUGCAUGCAAGAAAUAGUCUGUGGCUGCUCGGUUAGUACAAACUGUUUUGUAUGUCAAGUCUACAUUUUCUUGUUGUCCACGGAAACUGACAUAUGGGGAACAGAGGAAUAACCAAUCUGAAGAAAUGGAUGUUCUUCAGGACA